AACAAAACACCACUCGCCGGGUUUAUUGCAUGUUUGAUUUAUAGGAUCGGUGUUUCAGUAAAGCUGUUGCUUACGCCACAGGGGAGCCGGGGAAAUGUUUCCAUCCAUCAUAGCGCUGCUCACGCUCAUCUCUGUUGCCUGUGGACAAAGCCCUGGGUUACAAGUCAUUCUGACCAACAAAGGACUUCAGUACGGAAAGCAUGUGGGUGCAGGAUGGAUCCAGGAUAGGUUGAAUAAUAUCACUUUCCCUGACAUCAGCGGUAAAGUUCUUGGCGCCAUACACUUCACACUAACAGGCAUCACCAUAACAAAGUGCGACUUUCCAGAGCCAUCUGUUGAGUUCUAUCAGGAUGCCACAGGAUUCAAGACAUCCAUGUCAGGGUUGAGCGUUGCACUAGCCGGCUGGUGGAAGACACAGUUUGGUAUAAUACAUGACGGGGGAUCAUUCAACUUGGCUAUAUUUAGUGUGGACGUGACCUCUGUAGUGGGGCUGGGGAAAGAUGCUGACGGGCGUCUGUCUGUCACCAGUGUCAGCUGUGACGCUAAUGUUGGAGAUGUGGACAUGCAGUUCUAUGGAGGAGCCAGUCCUAUUUUCAAACCAUUUGUGAAGUAUUUCAAGGGGCGUAUCAGAGGUGAAAUACAAAGACAUAUCUGCCCUAAACUGGAGGAAGCCAUUGUAAUGAUAGAGGAGCAACUACAGGCCAUGAAUGUUUCCUUUGACGUGGAUCAGGAUGUUACUCUUGAGUUCCCUCUCACCGACUUACCUGUGGUUAAUGCUUCAAGUAUGAAUCUGGGUCUUAAGGGAGAGUUCUACAGUAUUAAACAUCAUGAAGAGCCUCCCUUUAAGCCCCAGCUUUUCGCCGUGCCUGAGCAGCAGGGCUACAUGUUGUCAGUGGGCCUGUCUGAAUUCACCCUGAACUCUGCCUCAUAUGGAUACUACUUAGCCGGACUGUUUCAGGCCCUGAUCAAUGAUAGCGUGAUCCCUCCAUCCUUACAUAUGCACCUAAAUACCAGCGAAAUGGGGCCUUUUAUCCCUCAGCUGCCCAAAAUGUUUCCAGAUCUGCUGAUGAAUCUGCAGGUUUAUGCCAGAGAUGCUCCACUGUUUUCAUUCCAGCCUGGUGCUAUCAAACUGGACUUCCACGGCGCUGUGAAGGCUUUUGCUAUCCAGCCAAAUCAUACCCAGACCCCACUGUUCAAUCUCAAUGUUGACUCAGACUUCAGCGGUAAAGUGUGGGUUGCUGAUGGUAAACUGAAGGCCUCCAUGGGGAUGAACAACCUCACAGUGACACUGGCGUCGAGUGAAGUGGGACCCUUCAAGACUGACGCUAUCGAAAAAGUCGCAAAAUUGGGCUCAACAGUAUUCAUGGCAAAAGUGAACGAGAUACUUGGCAAAGGUGCUGAUUUGCCCAGAAUGAAACAAGUAGUGCCUGUGAACACAGUUUUGCAGAUGGACAUGGGAUUUAUAGCCAUCUUUUCAGAUGCUCAGGUGUUGACAGACGGAGACUUCGACUGACAGACACACUGGCCUGUUUGACAUCAAACAUGACUGCUGUUCAUCUCAGUUCAGAUUGUUAAGAUUUAAACAAACUGGCUCUGUCUACAUCUGAGACCACAUGACAAACAUUUAAAAGCUACAUCUAGUGGGCUGCUGGACAGUGAAUGAUUAACAAGCUUUCUGCAAUACAUAAUCAGCAUUUUCUACUCAUACAUUGCAUAUUACACAUUGCAGCCUUCAUAUCAAAUCAACAGUGAUUAAUCCUACACACAUUAAUCCUAAACACGUGUGUUGGAGGUGUAUGGUUUAAAAUCUUUAAAAUCUUUUGAAAUAAAAUAUUUUUUAAAAACA